UAAUGCAAAUCGGUCCAUUGAAUAGAAGUAAUUGGCAAAAAAAACUCUCUUCACCUUAAUCCCUGGGGUAUCUAAACAAAAUAAAUCUUCAAAGGCAUGCAUGCAGGCUCUUCGAAACAGCGAUCUUCACAAAUAUGAAACCUCGCAAAUGACACACAAUUCACCAACAAUGCAUAUACACCCCCCUUUUCAUUCCAGUCAUAUCAAGCGAGAAAGCACAAUCCCAGACCAGAAACCCGAAAACCCCGCCGAUAUAGAAUUUCAUCCCAACACGCUUAACCACAUCAAAACGAGAGAAGAUAAUAAGAUAUAAGACUUGAAGAUUCGCAUAAGGCCGCAGUGUCACAGACAAGAAAAAAAAAAGAAAUAAAAAUAGAAAUACCACCACUUAAGGUGAUAGAUGUGUGAGAUAUG